GGAGUGAAUGGCCAAUGGGAGUUGGCUUGUCGAGCAAACACUGAGCUCUACAUUCUCAUUCAUUCAGAGUUAGACAGGCAUGCAGUGUUGAAGAGCACGUCCUCGAUUAGCGCUUGCUUUUGAGCAUUCCGCACAACAAAAACCUACUUUGACUACUAUUUACUAAUUAGAAUUCGAAGACGGAAGCCAUUGGAUAUAUAAUUAUUUGUUUUCAUAUUGUGAAUUAAUGUGCUUUUAAGAAUCCUAAAAAAGCUUUUUCCUGCAAUUGUUACUCCGCUUUAGGACUAAACUGGGUUGUCUGAUAGAUCGGCCUCAAGUGCGCAACGUUUAUUGGGUGCAUCAAGAAGCGUGGAUUUACAUUUUCUGGAACACAAUGUGUAAUGCACCAGAUUUUGAGAAGGAAUAACGAAAGAAGAUAAGCUACAACAUCCGUAUUUGGAUUUAACGCAGUCGUUACGAAUGUUAAGAGCUAAUUAAAAUACGCUUGGACAAUUUCCUUGGAUGGAGUUUUGGUAUACUGGUUGAUGGAAUCGACGUUAUGGAUGGUUGCAGAUGGGUGCGUAUCUCCCCCUCAAUGCGUGAAACACAUUUGAAAUGUCGGGUUUGGUCAUAGAUUCUUUGUUGCUAAAAUGUAGACUGGAUACAUAAAAUAUUUCACAGCUAACCUUCCUCGGAUGCAAGUAGGCUAUGCGCAUAGUGUUUGUUCAGAACUCCAGCUUUAGAAAUUGUUGCCACUAUAGUUGCAUGGAAUAGGCUUGUGUCGUUAUUACAUUUACAUUUUAGUCAUUUAGCAGACGCUCUUAUCCAGAGCGACUUACAGUUAGUGAGUGCAUACUUUUGUCAUACUUUUUUCAUACUUAUGUCGAGAUGGGUGUCCUUGGGAACACUCAUCUGGUGCUUCAAUCUGUAGAGUUGGCUUAAUAUUCUACAUGCUUGUGUCCUCUACUCGGUGUGUCUAUUUAACACAGGCCAUUAGAAUUUAGAAAGGAAUCAAAACGGUCAUAGUAUGGUUGUCAGAGGAGAGGAGCUCACGCGCAAACACCCCUCCCCCACGGUAGCCUAGUUGUUUUCAUUCAUAAGGUUUCCCCCCUUAUUUCGAUUCGUCUCUAUCACAUGGGGCGUCGCUCGGACCGCUAAACCCGAUGGCAUAGACAUUUGAUGUAUGAUAUGGCUAUAAACGGCGUAUUUAUGUCCUUUUUUUAAAUACAAUAAUUAGGCUACCCAUCUAUAUAGUGGCUAAACAUAGUUGUUGUGCUACUGUGGAUUUUCAUGAAGCGAAGUCAAUAAAUUAUAGAGCUCUGAUCAUAAGCAAGCUGUCUUCAGGUAGAGAAUACUAUCUGUAAAUUGUAUCAGUUUUUAGACCGCGCCAAUAUGUGUUUAUUUCAUUUGCGUUCCUGUUUCAACGGAUACGCGUUUAUAGGUAGGCCUGAUACCUCGGCUAAUUCCAGAAUAUGUUUAUAUCCAAUAGGCCUACGAGUAACGGUAUUGGGUUUAAUUCGGUUGUAAAAUGUGCUUUUCAAGUUCUUGAGAAGCACAAUAACUUAAACAUUUGCUUGAAAUUACAUGGACAUAAAGUCGACACUGAUAUUGUGGGAUUUUGUCGUGACCUUAGUUUUUUUGUUUACCCUAUUGUCUUCACAUUUCCUUCAGUCUUCCGUUUAGUAAUAGAAUAAUAAGUGAGGCAGCUCAUUUUGUCCUCUUGGAUCGUGGCUUCGUUCCGUCGCCGUGGCGCUUUAUAAUGUUAACUAGUCAUACAUAUGUAAAUUAGACCGGGAAGUGUUUGGAUGUGUGGAUAUUGAGGAAGCUACAAAACUAGUUAAGUCUACUUUUCCACGGCUUGCUUCGCCCAGAGGGUUAAAAUGUGCCAUUGUAAAGGCGAUGUUGAUCAAAUAAAAUAGUUGGGCUAAGUGAACAUGUUCUUAACAUUGUUGAAAAUGUUGAAGGUAGGCCUGCUGAAGUGUUAAAAUAUAGGUUUUAAAAGUACAAAAUAGCGUAACCUAAUCAUCUCCUCAAUAGACGUUGCUCUUACACUGUAUUAUAACAGAUGAUCAUUGAUCAAAAAUGUUUGAACUAUAUGGAGACCAUCCAGGGAUCUAUUGUCAGCUCUUUAGCCUUUCCCAUCAUGAGUUGAAUCUAAAAUGCUAUGGGAACAGUAUUCAAAACCUCCACCAUCCUAGUUCACAUUUACAAACGACAUCCUUGUCUUUACUGAUGGCCCUUCUCUGUGUCUCCCUUGCCGCUCCCUCGCAGGUUUUCUGAUGCAUGCCAAGUCCACGGUGAAUGUCGGAAGUGGUGAUCACCCCAGAUGGCGCUCCAAAGUCAACAUGGCCCUGGCGGUUCAUUAGUGGUGAUCCAGCAACCUUCCCUGGAGGGCCGGCAGAGGUCGGAUUACGAGCGGGAGCUCCAGCAUGCCGCCAUCCUCUCCCUGGACCAAAUCAAGGCCAUCCGCUCCAGCAACGAGUACACAGAGGGGCCCUCGGUGGUCCGGAGGCCCCCCGCGCCCCGCAUGGCACCCAGACCCGACAAGCAGCAGGAGAGGACUCACGAGGUGAUCCUCGUUAAUGUGAACAACAACUACGAGCGCCGGCCGGUAGGGCAGGGCCACCAUGGCGGUGUGGUGGUAGUAGCCGGGGGCCAGCAGUGUAGCACCAGGGCCCCGGGCCUUAAUCGCUCCACCAGUACGGGCAGCGCGGCCAGCUCAGGGAGCAACAGCAGUGCAUCCUCUGAGCAUGGACUCCUGGCCCGCUCGCCUCCUUCUAGACCGGGGUUGGUGGCCCUCCACCAGCACCACCACAGAGCCGAGAGGACUCAGCCUGUUCGGACUCAGCCCAAGGCGCUGCUAGCCCCCCAGCAGGGCUCUCACCCGCUGCCACCACUGGAGGCACCGCUCAAGCCCUCAGGGAAAGGGGACGUGGCGUCUGGCCACCAGUUCAUCUGCGAACGCUGCGGGAAGUGCAAGUGCGGGGAAUGCACAGCCCCAAGGACCCUGCCCUCGUGCCUGGCCUGCAACGGCCAGUGCCUGUGCUCGGUGGAGAGCGCCCUGGAGCAUGGCACAUGCAUGUGCCUGGUCAAGGGCAUCUUCUACCACUGUUCCAACGAUGACGAAGGAGACUCGUGUGCCGACCACCCCUGCUCGCUGUCGCGCUCCCACUGCUGCUCACGCUUCCUCUGCAUGGGAUUACUGUCGGUACUGUUCCCCUGUUUGCUGUGCUACCCGCCCGUCAAGGGGUGCCUGAAGGCGUGCCAGGGCUGCUACGACCAAGUCAACAGGCCCGGAUGCCGCUGCAAGAACUCCAACACUGUCUAUUGCAAAAUGGAGAGCUGGUCCCAACAGGCCCUGGAAAAGCCUUCCUGA